AUGAUUCCAUGUCAAAAAAAACGAUUAUCAUUUUACGAAAAUGCUCAAAAAGCAAUAAUAAAACAAAAUCCAUGGAUAAAAUUUAUUAACGUUAUAUUUGCGAUCAUAAUUUUUAUACUUUUUACCGCCUAUGAUUUUGAAGCGAUUGGAGUAUUAAAUGAGCAAGAUGACAAUGCAAUUGGCACAAAUCAACGUCUAAGAUACAAUAAUAAUCAUGGAUUAGAAAUACUUGGGUGGUGCUGUUGGAGUAUAUAUUUACAUGUUUUAUGCUUUUAUAUUAUACGUUUUGUUAUGAGCCCACCUUGGAAAAAUACAGAAAAUUUUUAUUAUAUUAAACUUGGAAAAUGGCGAACUUUAUUGAAAUUUCUUAUAAUUGACAUAAUAUUAUCUUGCCUGAAUAUUCCACUUUCUUAUCCGUAUUUAAAAGAACAAAUAACCUCAUGUGAUAUUGAAUCUUUAAACUCGUCGGAGUAUCAAUGGUGUACUCUCCUAAUUUUAUGUGAACAAGCUUAUAGGAUUUUAAAGUUAUGGGUUUCGUAUCAGUAUCAAUAUAUAAAAGGAUUGUACUUAAAAAAUCACAAAGGGAUGAAACAAAAAAGUGAAAUAGAGAUAGAGGAAUCUAAAGGUUUAAUUAGUAAGGAUGAGGCUAAUGGAAUUGAAAUCGUUACAACCCAAUAA